AUGCAGAAACGGGAGGUGUUCGAGAUUAACAAUCUUCCGGCUGACACUACAGCUGAUGCUAAAAAAUUCCGAAUCAUCAAGCAGAAGACGUAUACCGGCGAUAUCCUCAUCAAGGAUUGUGACAAGCAUGGCAAUUUUGUGGUCAUUGAAAAUGCCGGUCGCGGUGAUCAUCGUUUGAGCGGAUUUCGCAUCAGCAGAUUCAUAGGCGGUAAAGAACGAUCGUUCACAUUCCCAGAUCACUUCGCGCUAGGCCCUAGAGAAACUGUUCAGGUAUCAGCUCGUGGCUCCAGCCCCGAUAGAGGCAAUUAUUACAUCUAUCACCUCGUAUACGAAAGUGACACCACUUGGGGCACCAGCGCUACCUUCGUCACCCGCCUCUUCAACCCCCAAGGCAACGAAGUUGCACUUCUUGAAGUACGACCAGCGAGUUAA